AUGCCUAUUCCAGCUGCAGUGAGCACAGCCAAUGUAGGUGCUUUGCAAAGUACUAUGAUUGAUUUUAAUAAUAUGCACCAAAUCGUGUCGCAUCGUGUACCGACUACACGGAUCUCUACAUUUCUUGUCACCCUCAUCUCAUUUCUUCUGGUCCUGGUACUAGUAUCCACAUGUGUUAUGUGUAUAACAUAUAUUCGUAGAAAACUAAAACGAAGGCAGGAGAAUGGUCUUCUUUGCCGUGACGCCACAUCGGAAACUCUCAUCGAAUCGACAUUGAUCAACAGUGAAACGCAGACGAUGUACAGUGCAAUUGAUGUCUGA